CUCCCACUUCUCGCACCCGAAAUCCACACAAACCAACGCCACGCCGCUGCAGAGCCGAGCGCGAGCCACCCACAAGAAACACGCGCAGGGCAGGAGGGGGGGCCGCUUCCCCGCGAAUUCGCCGGGGUUAAUCUGGAUCGCCAAGAUCGAGUUUUUCUGCCGCUGAAUUCGUGCUCUGUAGCUUGGGGUUGCCUAUAGAAAGGAGCGCCCUUUGCCUCUAGUAGCUCGGAUUGAUUAGCGGUUGGUCGGUCAGUCGAUUUGGUAGCGUCAAAAUCGAAUUUUGGAAUCGAACCUGUGGGUUGGUUUAGUUUGGUGUGUGUGGGGGGAGGAAUUGCGGGGUUGCGGAGUUUGAUUUUGGUGGCUUAGAAGGUUGGGGGGAGGUCACGGCGAGCGACCAUGUCCGUGCCGGCGAUAGCCGUGUACACCAGCCCGCCCGGCGCCGUCUACGCGCCGUCGUCGGAGCUUGAGGCGAGCUCCCGGGGCUCCGCGCCGUGCGCCACCGCGGCUUCCCCGUCGCCAGGUAGCUCCUCCCAACGCCACCAGGCCAUGGCUGGUGGCCUGUCUUGUCUCUUCUCCUCCCCAACCGCCGCGCCUCGCGCCGCGGCUCAGGACGAGCUGGGCGCGCUGUGGCACGACAGAUCCGGCGAGCCGGCGGCUGUCGGCGGCGGCGGGGGUGGGGGCUACUCCUACCCGCAGCCGUCCUCGCCGUUCAAGUGGCGGGACAUGCUCCACCACGGCCCCGUGCCGCUGUUCCACAGCCCGGCCUCCUCGCCGGCGUCGCGGAGCCCCUCGGCGUCCUGGCUCGCCGGCCGCGAGCGCGAGCGCCUCUUCUCCAGCUUCGUGCGCAACGCCCUCGGCUCCUGCAUCGACUACGCGCCGGUCGCCACGCCGCCGCUUGGCGUCUCGGCUGCUGUCGGUGUCGGUGCCGGCGAGCUCGCCUUCGAACUCGACGAGCACCUCUCCGAGGCGGAGCCGUCCUGCGAACCGUACGCUCGCGACCUCCUGGCCGGCGCCCAGGCUCGCCACCGCAUCUUCCACGACGACCUCGUCGUCAAGGCCUUCUUCGAGGCCGAGAGGGCGCACCGAGACCAGACACGGGCGAGUGGUGAUCCGUACUUGCAGCAUUGUGUGGAGACCGCCGUGCUUCUUGCCAAGAUAGGCGCAAACGCGACGGUUGUCUCUGCGGGGCUUCUGCACGACACCAUUGAUGAUAGUUUCAUGGACUAUGAUCAAAUCUUCCGGAUGUUUGGUGCCGGUGUUGCUGAUCUAGUCGAAGGGGUCUCGAAGUUAAGCCACUUGAGCAAACUUGCUCGAGACAACAAUACUGCAAGCAGAACAGUUGAAGCAGACCGCCUGCACACAAUGUUUCUUGCAAUGGCUGAUGCGAGAGCCGUUCUGAUAAAGCUAGCAGAUCGUCUACACAACAUGAAGACAAUAGAAGCUUUGCCUUUGGCCAAACAACAAAGAUUCGCUAAAGAGACUAUGGAGAUAUUUGUGCCGUUGGCUAAUCGGUUAGGAAUCGCUAGCUGGAAAGACCAGCUGGAAAAUAUUUGCUUCAAGCAUUUGAAUCCAGAGGAGCACAAUGAGCUUUCCUCCAAACUUGUGAUAUCUUUUGACGAAGCACUUCUUACAUCUACUUUGGAUAAACUUGAUAAAGGUCUAAGAGAUGAAGGUAUUUCGUAUCAUAGUCUUUCUGGGAGGCAUAAGAGCCUGUACAGUAUAUACUCCAAGAUGAUAAAGAAGAACCUAACGAUGGAUGAUGUUCAUGACAUUCAUGGUCUACGUCUUGUGGUUGAUACAGAGAAAGAUUGUUACCAAGCUCUUGAUAUCGUCCAUAAGCUCUGGCCCCAAGUUGCUGGACGAUUUAAGGACUAUAUACUGCAUCCAAAAGUGAACGGGUAUCGAUCAUUGCACACUGUCAUCAUGUGUGAGGGGAUCCACCCAUUUGAAAUCCAGAUCCGAACAAAAGAAAUGCAUCUACAAGCUGAAUAUGGAUUUGCCGCACACUGGAGAUACAAGGAAGGUGGUUGUAAGCACUCCUUUGUACUCCAAAUGGUGGAAUGGGCAAGAUGGGUGCUCACAUGGCAAUGCGAAGCAAUGAGCAAAGAGCGGCCCUCAGCUUUAGUCCGCUCUGAUGCCAUGCCACCAUGUCCAUUUCCCUUGCAUUCGGAGGACUGCCCUUAUUCUUAUACCCGCCAGUGCAACCACGAUGGACCCAUAUUUGUGAUUAUGCUUGAACAUGAUAAGAUGUCUGUCCAAGAGCUCCCUGCAAACUCUACUGUAGUCGAUUUGAUGGAGCGAGUUGGGGCCAAUAGUCCAAGAUGCAGCCCUUACAGCUUCCCACUGAAAGAAGAAUUGCGCCCAAGGGUUAACCACAAGCCCAUAAGCGACCCUAACAGGAAACUGUGCAUGGGAGAUGUGGUUGAGCUGACGCCUGCACUCCCACACAAGUCGCUUACCGAGUACCGGGAAGAAAUCCAGCGCAUGUAUGAGCGAGGCGGGUUCGCCCUCGCCACCACCCGGGAUGGCCCGGCAAGCUGACAGUGUCACAACUACCAUGUUAACUUCCUGUUGUACAAUGCCCUCAACCUCUAUUUUCUUCCUUGUAAAUAUCCCAGACACUAAAUUCUUGCAUCAGAGGAAACACAAAGAACACACCCAGCUGAAUUGUCAAAGGUGUGGAGUUAGGUGUUCAGUGUUCUGAUCCAAACGCUGUCUUUAUAAUAUAGUUCACAAGCUGGUCAAAUCUGUCUUAGAAAUUCAGUUCUUCCCAAGAUUCAGGAAGGGAGAGCAUUCACUGUAUUGUCCCUGUGUUGUUCUGAUAUAUCUACUGUACACUGCAAUUGCACUUCUGAACAUUUCUGCUUGGCUAUGGAAAGCAGCCUCCAUCA